AUGAGAGCGAUCGUUCAUUUGCUAACACGCAGAGAUAACAAUCCUUACUCCUCUGAGAUGAGCCUGCUGCAGGGGUAUAUUAAGAAAGACUUCAGCCCAUACCCUCACUUCAUCCGUCCGAGAAUGACAGGAAUUCCGAAGAUGUUCUUUAUCCUGCUGGCCUUUUACGCCUCCCUUUCUCUCUGCCUUCCGGGUCCAGACGAUUGGGGACAGCUGAGCGUCAGCCUUGGUGGACGCCUCCAGAAAGUCGCUCCAUUCGCCGCAUCAUGUUUCGUAGACUUUCACUCGACGGAAUGCCGAGAAGUCCGAAGCAACUACCGCAAUCAAACAUACCGAACUCACACCCCCAACGCGUACAUACAGACGCAAUGGGAAACAUGCCAAAGCACUGAAGAGCAGUGUCUUCUCGACUCUGAAGAUCCUGAUAACAUUACUCCCACUCUGGAACGGCAGUGUUCUCAAGGAAGCGUUCCGCAAUACUUUAUUGAUGUUGAAAGUGAAAAGGAUGUUCAAGUAGCGUUCGAGUUUGCCAGAAGAACUGGCAUCCCACUUGCGGUUCGGAACACUGGUCAUGACUACAUUGGGAGGAGCAGUGGACCAUCUUCUCUUGGACUUUGGGCAGGAGUACAAUGGUUUGAAGCGUACUCUUUCGCGGAAGCCAAUAACAUCACUCUAGCGGGGGCUGGAUUUGCCGGAGUGAGCGUUGUGGGAGGAUGGCUCCAGGGAGGCGGCCACGGUCCUUUGGCCAACACAAUGGGGCUUGGGGCUGACAGAGUCCUUCAAUUCAAAGUUGUCACUCCGGAUGGGCAAGUUCGAACCGCAAAUCAUUGUCAGAACGAAGAUCUUUUCUUCGCCCUUCGAGGUGGUGGGGCAGGCACCUUCGGAGUCGUUAUGGAAGCGACGAUCUUGGCUUCACCACCCACGACGAUUCAAUCGCUCGCCUUACACUUCGAGACUCCAAACAUCACCAGGACCUCCGAAGCCUGGUCUAUUCUCGCCGAGAACGGGCUUAAAUGGGCAGAUGACGGAUGGGGUGGAUAUUCUUUCGCAGGCACUAUCUACCUAGUCAAUCCCAAGCUGGAUGCAGAAGAGGCCGCGUCGUCUUUAGCGCCCCUCAUAGAGUUCGGCGAGAGGAUUAUGCGGGAGGGAACCGGAUCCGCAACUCUGUUAACCAAGGAAUACCCGACAUUUGGUUCUUUCUACGCUGAGUUCUCAGCACAAACAUCGGGCGGUGCUCCCGGUAGUCGAAGUCUGGCUAUGGCUUCUCGGCUUGUCAACAAGGCCAAUUUCAGGUCUCCCGAAGCCAGACAGGAAUUGGUAUCGGCACUUCUGGCAACUGAUGAGGAAACACCCGUCAGUAUAAUUAUUGCCACUCCGGCCUCCGUUCCUUCCGAUGGAAAAACAAGUUUCAACGACGCAUGGCGAGACAGCCUGUACCUGGUCGUUGUUGAUUCGUCUUGGAAUUGGAAUUCAACCAAAGAAGAAAUAAGCGCCCAUUACGAGACGGCUAGGCGCUCGAUUGGGCACAUCCGAAGGAUCACGCCAGACGCUGCUUAUAUCAACGAGGCGGACAUCUAUGAGCCAAACUUUGAAGAAUCGUUCUGGGGCACCCACUAUGAUAGAUUACUGGCAGUUAAGAAGAAGUACGACCCAGGGUUCCUGCUUGACUGCUGGCACUGUGGUAAGCAAUCAUCGUUCGUGUAUUCAUAUUAG